GAUACAACACUCCCGUUUCAUUAUAAAAUCGACAUAAGUGUUAUUACAAGUACUAUUAUCGAAUAGUUUCAAAACCGUUUUUACUUCCAAAACUAAUACAGAAAUAUUUUGAAUCCAAGUAUAUUGUUUAAAAAUUUUAAAUGUAUUUAAAAAUUGUCAUACUGUUUUUUUGCGUGGAAUUAUACUUUUUACAAUGUCACUGUGAUGAACCCACUAAAGACCAAAUUGCAACUAUUUCUACCGGUGUCAGGGAUUAUGGAAGAUCCAAGGGCUAUCGUCAUGAAUAUUGGUACACAGGCUUACAAGGUGUAAAAGAGGUCAUUGAAUUAGUAGCAGGGAAACUCAACAAACCGUAUGAACCUUUCAGUCUUGAUGACCUGAAAGAGAAAUUAUCACGUUAUAGAUACACAGUGGAGGAAUGUAAAAGAAACGUCAAAGAAUUCUUAAAUUGUCUAUUCUUCAAUCAGGCAAUGGAGCGCCUGAUAGAUGACCUGUAUAACGAAUAUUCGUGUGACCAGCAAGAUGGCAUAUCCUUUGAUGGGUUAAAAGCACUACUUGGACGUAUACCAGCCGGUUAUAAUAGGAACCCGCCUAAAUUUUCAUAUCUUGAAGAUAAGAGAACUGCAGUACCGUACAAACUGUCAAAAGAUUUCAAAUAUUGGUAUAGGAACGAAAUUUUUUGCAUUAUUUUUGAAUUUUUCUUUCCUGGAUCACGAGUAUAUUGAUUAAUUUAUUAUUUUUUUAAUUAUAUAUGUUGUUUGUCACAUACAGUUAUAGUUUUGGGCCCUAUUCAACAAAGUCCAAAU